AUGGAUAAAGAAGAUAAUCAUCAAACAACCGGUGACCUGGGUGCCUAUUGUUCAUCUUCAUCCGACGAUGGUGUGCGGGACAUUGCCCCCCCAGGCGACCAACAAGGACUAGACGAUGACAAACAUGACCAUCUCCCAAGAGGCCGUUCCGAUUUUCUCACGUACCACCGAGACAUGGCGCGAAUGGACCACCCAGAGAUAUGUGUUCCCAUAUCGGAUCAAGGUGCUUGUCUUGGACCGCAAAGCCGCCGGGUCAUACUCGACAAUCUGUCGCUUGAUGCCACUCCCGCUCAGGUUCUGAAGGGAAUACGUGGUUAUGGAGGUAUCGUUUCAGUUCUAGUCACCCGCUGCCCAUCGGUCAAGCGUAAAUCUGCAAAGGCUGCGCUCGUUGAAUUUGUAUAUCCCGAGGCAGCCGCUGAAUACGCCGACUGCGUUCACAAGCGUCCACUAAUCUACACAGCCCGCGAUAAUGUCGGCCAUUCGCCGACAGCUUACCUUGUGCCCACUCCCUCAUGGUUUCACAGCCAGCUUAGCCGUCAUUUGCUUGAAAACGGCGUCACUCGCUCACUCUGCUUGCCCAAUUUCCCGCUUGACGCUGUUUGGUUCCUCAUCUGCGCUGUCGGACACGGCAGCGUCACCUCCACUCUUUUAGACCAAGAAAAUAACUUGACGUUGGAGUUUUCAUCCCUCUUUGACGCAGCCAGAGCAGCCAGAAUCGUUCGCCUCGACCACGUCCACAUCGGCUACGGCGCGGGAAAAAAUAACGUGCACUAUCGCCCCGACUCUUCCCAGGGAAACAUGGAGGACGUAUACCGCACCACCGACGGAGUCAUCGGCUACAUUGACUCGCAGUUUCUCCAUCAAGCCUGGAACAAAGCACCAUACAACCUCUACCGGCCGGGAUGCUUUUCCAACAGAGAGCCGACGCCACCGACUUCUCGAUUGAAGCAGACAAAGGACGACAUUCUAGCCGAGCACUUCAAUAUCGACGCGGAUGAAGUCUGCGACUUUCUUCAAGAAAGAGAGCAUUUUCAGUCCACCACGUAUAAGAUAGUUGGGAGCACAAUAUCGCUAACUCGGCAUAAAUAUAGUUGGAGUAUCAGCAGCAAAGACAGCAUCAAGCUUCUCAUGGCGAACACACUCCAUCACCCCGACUGGGAAAAGAAUUGGGACACGUACUUCCACAGCUGCGGCCUAAUCAAUCUGCGCAGGUGGGAGCAAUACGGGUCGAUGGCGAAACACCGAAGAGAAGUUGCUUCCGCGCAAGGUCUGAAAGCAGGGACAGUGCCUCUUUGUGACGGUUGCGAAUGGCGUUGCCAGCAGAUCAAGUCGACUCCAGUCCCUGGGUUGGUGAAAGAGUGGUGUGCGACGCGGCCUUCCACUGAACCGUGA